UCUGUAGUUUGCUGGUCAUGAUACAAAACUCCGCAGCAUACGACACAUAACGCUUUCUUGAUUUCUGAGUUUUAUAGCCGACUGACAACUUGCAUCAACCGAAAAUCUUUUAAAUAAACAAAUCUACUUUAAACCUUUGGACAAUUUUGAGGUACAACUGCCAGGAGGUUUCUUGUAGUUUGAUCAUGUUUUUACAUAUUUAUUGGCUAGUAUCGGGACUUGUUAUUUCAUCAGCUCUCAGAAUUCUUGACAAACCAAACUGCACACAACAGGACCUUAAAUGCAGCUUUCAAGUUAACAACUGUUCGGGUGAGGGCUGGAUUGUCCCCAAUUCUCAUUCCCCUAGUCGUCCCAUGUUGCUGCCUGUGGAAAUAACAAAGCUGGACCUUCAACCUGUCAUUUUUGUCAAAUGGAGUGCUUCUGCUGAUGGUAGCGUUACCAGGCUAAAAGGAACUGAGGUUCACAUCCUAGAUGAAACCAGCAACCAAAGCUUGUGUGUGACUUAUAUUUUCCAUAAUAAAUUAGGGAAUACCAGGAAUCCAAAUGGUCAAAUGUGGACAUUUUCAUUAGAUAAUGUUGUGGUGGAACCCAGAAGCUCAUAUUUAGUCUCAGUUAAUAAUUUACCAAUGGGUUUAAAUUUCAAGAAUGAAAAAAGAAUUGCAAUUCCAGGUACGUCACUACAGAAAAUGUUACACACACAGAUUGCACAAAUUUGCCACAAACAGUCAGCUGUAAAGCUGCCACCUUGUGUGCCAUUAGUCAAGACAAUAUUCUUCUUAGGAUGUGAGGAUCCUAAGAUACAAGAGGCCAGAGUAUGUGUGGAGAAUGGCAGUCUUUGGGAUCCUCACAUGGUCGUGGAUGGCAACAAAACAGAAAUGAUAGUAUUGACGUUUGACACAGGACCAUUUUCUGAACAUUACUUGGUAUCCAUCCAUUACCCUGGCUUUCAGUACACACAGAAUGUGUCGAUGGUACAGUAUAUGGAGAACAGAACUUCCUUAAAUGUGACUUUUGAGUUGAAUAAAUUGCAGCUGCCUCCUUGUGAAAUUGUCUUCAGGAUUCAGCCAUUUUUUAAACAGUGCAAGAAUGACUGUAAGCAUCACAGACUGAGCUUUGAUUACUGCUUUUACUACCCUAGACUACCCUCUUAUAGAUGGCCUUUAAUAAUAAUGACAACAUUGGGACUAGUGAUUUGUGGUUUCCUAGCUUGGUUACGACUAAGAGCAUCACAGACAGCUUCUGAAGAAAGCCUGUCAAACACUUCCAAAGCUGAACCUGAGGACAUUUUAGUGAAAGGAAGAAAAAAGGUUUUCAUUGUCUACUCAUUGGAUCACCCUCUAUACAGGAACAUUGUGCUCAAACUCUGUGCCUUUCUUUUGGCCAAAUGUGGCACAGAGGUGGUUCUGGAUCUGCUGGACUCUACCAGACUGGGUAUGGUGGGCAGCUUGCAGUGGUUGGAUUGGCAGAGGCAGAAGAUUGAUAGGACUUCAGAUAAAAUACUGAUAUUGUGUUCCAGGGGGGUAAGGGCCAAAUGGAGUGCUAUGUGCGGCGGGGAACCAGUCAUUCUGAAAGAGGACGCACAGUCACCAGUUGGCGACAUGCUCACACCAGCCCUCAGUAUCAUGGUUCCCCACUUGGUGCACUCAGCAUCCCUCCAAAAGUACAUUGUUGCAUAUUUUGAGAAUGUGAGUUCAAAAGAUGAUGUCCCAUCUCCGUUCAACAUCACAGUGAAGUACAAGUUGAUGAAGCACUUUGAGGAGGUAUUUUUCAGAAUCCUGGAUGUUGAAAAGCAGGAGCCAGGCAGAAUGAAUCGUAUAGAGGGCUUAGCAGAGGAUGAGUACUUUCAUUGUUCCUCAGGAAGAGCCUUGAGGGACGCCAUUGAGGAGUUCCAUGCCUACCAGCUGGACCACCCUCACUGGUUUGAAGAGGAACUGAUAAAAGAUGAAUUUUUGGAUGAAUGUUCUUUUGAGGCAUUCACAAGGGCAGAAACAGCAGAGAGUGUCAUCACUAAGAGUUUGUCAGAACUCAACUUUUCGCUCUCAUCAAUGAAUAAUCAAAGUGAACACAAUGAUAGAAAAACAAGACAUUUCAAAGGACCAGCUUCCACACUGCUUUACCGAGAACAUAAUGUAGAUUCAUGAUCAAAGAUAACAGUAAUCCCCUUACUGUAGGUCCAGAUGUGAAUUGCAGAGGGAGAGACUGAAUGUCCGACCAGGAUCCAUUCUCUCAUCCAACAACACUGCUUUAUGGGUCAAACUUUCAAAAGCAUUUACUAAAUUUGAUCUACCUUUUGGCAACAUUCAAGCAGCAUUUAUUUUUGAAGUUACAAAUUUGGUAAAUGUGUAAUUAUUGUAGAGUAUAUCUAUGAAUGAAAAUAUGUUUUGGUUCAAUUCUGUACUUAUGCUUUCUACUUAGUUGUGCUAACUUGUGAAAACUCAGUGAUUAGUAGGUACUGAGUAGUGUAGUCUAUGCAAGCAAGCUGUGCAAACAGUGCUUGGGUCAAAGUUCAUUUUUUUCAGCAACGUUUUCAGCAUUUAGCACGCAGGAAAGGGUGAGUACUGAGCUGUUCAGGGAGAGACAGGCUUUUUUUCAUUAUAUGAAGAUAAAUGAUAUGCAAAAUAUGUUAACAUUUUCUUUUGUGUGCUAUAAAAUAAGUAGUCUACAUGUCAUAUGUAUUAACUGUGGUUGCAUAAACUGUUUUUUUUAUUGACUGUCAUCCUGUUUUAGUAGAGCUCAUACUACGAAAUAAAUUAAACCGUAAACAAUUUCUUUGCUACAUUUUUUAACAUGGUCAGAUCAGAGCAUAGACCCCUCACUGCAAUACUGCAAACAACUGUGGAAUUUGGGUGUAGCUAGGUUACUUGUGAGAGUGCCUCAAAAAGAAGGGAUUUGUCCCUUCUAAAUAGAGCAU